AUGACUAAAUCAAAUGCGGAAAACGUUCCGGUGGAUACAUCCUUGAAUAUUUUCAUCCGAAACUAUGCUCAUCUCUCGGGAACUAAGUUCAUGUGUCUGGAAGGUGGUUGCGGAUGUUGUGUGGUUAACGUGUCCGGGCUCCAUCCUGUUACGAAGGAAACUAAAUCAUGGUCCGUUAAUUCGUGUCUUUUCCCCGUGUUUGCUUGCCAUGGAUUGGACAUCAAAACCGUUGAGGCUCUCGGUAAUCGAAAGGACGGAUACCAUCCGAUACAGGAACGGUUGGCUCACAUGAACGGUAGCCAGUGUGGCUACUGUUCACCCGGCAUGGUUAUGACCAUGUACAGUUUGAUGGAAUCAAAGCAGGGAAGUGUUUCGAUGGAAGAGGUUGAGAACCAGCUCGGUGGCAAUAUUUGCCGUUGUACCGGUUAUCGACCGAUUCUCGAUGCCUUUAAGUCGCUCGCAUCGGUAUCGGAUCAGGAGCUGCCAGACAUUGAGGAGCUACAAAUUUGCCCAAAAACGAAUACCGUCUGCUCGGCACAGUGUCCAGAGGCAGCCAAUCUGAUCCAACCGGGAUGUCCCGUACAAAUUAUGGCAAGUGAUGAUAAAGAGUGGCACAAAGUGUUCACCAUUGCGGAAAUAUUUUCCAUCUUCAGCAAGAUCGGAACCAAGCCGUACAUGCUGGUUGGAGGAAACACAGCUCAUGGUGUUUACCGACGCAGCGAAUCGUUACAAGUUUUUAUCGACAUUUCUUCGGUGGAGGAGCUUCGUAAUUAUUUCCUUCGCACGGGGGAGCUUAUUGUGGGUCCGAAUGUUACAUUGACCGAGUUCAUUGAAAUAUUGAACAAAACAGCCAACAAUAGACCAAACUUCAGAUACUGCAGAGAUAUGGCACGUCAUCUGGGUCUCAUCGCAAAUCCUGCCGUUCGAAACGCUGGAACUGUGGCUGGAAAUUUAAGCAUUAAAAACAAAUAUCCACAAUUUCCAUCCGACGUUUACAUUCUGCUGGAAGCAGUUGGUGCAAAAUUGAUUAUAGCUGAAUCAUUAAUCAAGAACCUGGAAAAGUCUGCUGAGGCAUAUUCACAGAUGGACAUGACGAAAAGGGUGCUUAAAACUAUAUCUCUUCCCCUUAUCAAUUCGUUUACAACCACAUUUAAAUCAUAUAGAGUAGCUCCACGAGCUCAAAAUGCUCACGCUUACGUUAAUGCCGCCUUCCUGUUACAAUUUGCCAACGACAAAUCGACCGUCAAGUUGGCUACAUUAUGCUUUGGUGGCAUCAAUCCCAAGUUUACACACGCCUCUCGUACGGAAAAGCUUCUCGUUGGGAAGAGGCUGUUCGAUAACACCACCAUUCAACAAGCGAUCAACAGUCUUGCGUCGGAGAUUCAACCGGACUGGAUCUUGCCAGACGCCUCCGCCGAGUAUCGUAGAAACCUUGCCGUUUCUCUCUUCUAUAAAUUCCUCCUUGCUGUUGCAAGCGACAACAAUGUUCCGCUUGAUCCUCGUUUUAAAUCCGGAUCUACCAUGCUGGAGCGACCACUUUCAUCCGGACAACAGCACUACGAUACCAAUAAGAAAAAUUGGCCCGUAACAAAAUACGUGCCAAAGCUAGAAGGCUUAGUGCAGGCAUCUGGUGAGGCAAAGUAUACAAACGAUUUUCCACCAUUUCCCGGUGAGCUGCAAGCGGCGUUUGUCGUUGCAACUCAGCCAAAUACAACGAUCGGAAAGAUUGAUCCUACGGAUGCAUUGAAACUUCCCGGUGUAGUAGCAUUCUACUCCGCUAAAAACAUCCCCGGAACGAACAAUUUCAUGUCCAGUGGCAUGAACUUCUACUUCCCAGACGCGGAGGAGAUAUUCUGCACUGGACGUGUACUGUUCCACGGACAACCGGUCGGAGUAGUUGUGGCCGAAAAGUUCGAUCAAGCGGUACAAGCGGCCAAACAAGUGAAGAUCAUCUACGAGAAAGUCUCCGACGAACCGAUCUGCCCUACAAUUAAGGCAGUUCUAAUGAAUCAAACAAAGGAGCGCAUUUUUGAUCAACCGAUCAACAGUCGUGAUGGUCCAGAAACGGAUGUUCAAGUGUCACAGAAAAUUGUAGGUACACUUGAACUUGCUGGACAAUUCCACUACACCAUGGAACCACAAACAUGUCUGUGCGUUCCCUCUGAAGAUGGUAUGGAUGUUUAUGCGGCUACACAAUGGAUAGAUCUGUGCCAAGUAGUGAUUGCUGCCGCGCUGAAAGUUCCACAAAACAGUCUUAACCUAACGGUUCGUCGCUUAGGAGGAGGAUUCGGCUCUAAGCUAACCCGUGUGAAUCAGCUGGCCUGUGCUUGUGCGCUAGCAGCCUAUCUCACCAAACGCCCGGUACGAUUUGUCAUGAAAAUUGAGGCAAACAUGGGUUCGUUCGGAAAGCGAUACGGUUGCAUCAGUAACUACCAGGUAGAUGUGGAUGGUAAGGGAAAGAUUCUUAAGCUUUCCAACCAAUUCAUGCAGGACUAUGGAUCAAAUCUCAACGAAAACGUAGUCGACGAUGCGAAGAUAGUAUUCGGACUAUCGUACAAUUCUGGCGCAUGGAAAGUUGAAGGAAAAGCCGUUCUUACCGAUUCACCGUCGAAUACGUGGAUGCGUGCACCGGCUACUACUGAAGGUAUUUCCAUGGUUGAAACGGUCAUGGAACACAUCGCCUGGGUUACCGGUACCGAUCCAAUGCAGGUACGACUGAGCAAUAUGCCAGCGGCAAGCGUUUUCCAAAAGCUGAUGCCACAGUUCCGUCAGGACGUUGAGUUUGACAAGAGGAAAAAAACAAUCGAUGACUUUAACGCCAAAAACCGUUGGCGUAAACGAGGUAUCGCUAUGGUCCCGAUGCAGUAUCCCUUGGUGCAUUUUGGUGCAUUACAUGCACAGGUGUCUGUCUACGCAAAGGACGGUACGGUGUCGAUUAGCCAUGGAGGAAUUGAAGUUGGACAAGGUAUUAACACCAAGGCGGCUCAAGUUGCUGCUUUUACGUUGGGUAUUCCGCUGGAGAAAAUUUCUAUCAAACCCACGACCAGCAUGACAUCUCCUAAUGCUGCCAUGACCGGAGGAAGUAUGACCAGCGAGGUUGUGUGCUUGGCCGUAAUAAAGGCGUGCGAAAUUCUCAACACUCGUCUGCAACCCAUCAAGAACGAGCUUAAAAACGCCCCUUGGGAAAAGGUUACCCAAACAUGCUACACCCGAGACAUUGAUCUGAGCGUUCUUUAUCAAUAUAAGAAGGCUGAUCUGAAGCCCUACAGCAUUUGGGGUUUGAGUUGUGCGGAGAUCGAGAUCGAUGUUCUUACUGGUAACAUACAACUUACCCGUGUCGAUAUUCUCGAGGAUACUGGAGAGAGUUUAAGCCCAGGAAUCGAUGUUGGUCAAAUCGAGGGAGCGUAUGUAAUGGGAAUCGGAUACUGGUUAACGGAGUCACUCAUCUACGAUAUGACCAACGGUGCAUUGCUGACGAACCGUUCCUGGAACUAUAAGCCUCCAGGAGCGAAAGACAUCCCAGUGGACUUCCGCAUUCGGCUCAUACAAACCGGUGAUAAUCCUUUCGGAGUGUUACGAUCGAAGGCAACCGGAGAGCCAGCCUUCACGAUGGCUAUCGGAGUACUGUUUGCAUUAAGAUAUGCCUUACGAUCGGCCCAAAAGGAUGCCGGACGUCCGGAUGAUUGGAUUCCGUUAGGAUCGGCUUCAACUCCGGAUCAAAUUUUCCUGAAAGCUUCCAAUGCUUUUGAGCAGUAUAAACUAAAAUAGAAUAUUAGACAGUGAAUAUUCUAUUGUCUUCUUAUUGGUGAAGGGAUUUUACAACAUUAUAUUAUUGGGUUAAUAAAAAAAACCGCUUUCAUUUUUUAUACACAAAACAAAACCAAUAAAAGCAAAUUUAAAAAAUGUAUUGUGUGGACAUGAGUCAUACUAUCAUUGCUAUGUACCUUUCCUACACCUCUAAAGUCCAAUAAUUAUCAUACGGUAAGCAACGCAUGGUCCCAUCGACGCAUGUCUAGCGAUAAACGUUGGAUGUAUUCAACGAUGAGAUUGCAAUAUUUAGUCCCCACCUACAGCCA